AUGGCGGCGCCCGCAGCGGCUUCAUUCCUGGAAUCCCGACCUUAAAAAAAAAAAAGGCAGAGACUCAACCAACUAACUCUCUCAGGCUAGACUGUGUUUAUGUGCCUAAAGCGUAUUGACCACUUUUUCUCCUUUCACCAAAUCCAACGUCUGCUUCCGCCCACCGUGAGCUGUUCUUCCCGAGGAUAAAAAAACCUUGAAAUUACUAUUUUGUCUUAUUUUCUUUAUAAAAAAAAACCCUCUCUCAAAGCGGUGGGUUGGUUCAGUCCGACCGCGUCCAUCUUGUUUCGUUUCCUCCCUUUCUCUCCGCCCUCCCAUUUUCUUCUCACUCUCCGCGCCCCCCCCCCCGCCUUAGGUGGAGAAGUGGUUUGGCCCGCCUGACCUGCCUGAGGAAAGAAGGAGAGGAAGCUGACUCGGCUCGUGACGGGAAGCGAGAAGGCGAAGAGCGGGGGCGCCGCUGCUGGUGGGUGAGUGAGUGCCGGGGAAAGGGGCGAACAGAAAGCAGCUUUCCCCUCUUUUUUUCCUCCUUAGGAUGGUCAACUCCCAUCAUGCCAAGCUUAGCAGCACCAGGGAUCAGGGGUGCUAUUUUCAAAAAUGUUUGAUUGACUUACAGUGGUACCUCUGGUUAAGUACUUAAUUCGUUCCGGAGGUCCGUACUUAACCUGAAACUGUUCUUAACCUGAAGCACCACUUUAGCUAAUGGGGCCUCCCGCUACUGCCGCACGAUUUCUGUUCUCAUCCUAAAGCAAAGUUCUUAACCUGAAGCACUAUUUCUGGGUUAGCGGAGUCUGUAACCUGAAGCGUAUGUAACCCGAGGUACCACUGUAUUUUAAAUUUGCAUUUGUUUAAAAGCUACCCUGAGGACGUAGCUAUGGGAAGGCGCCUACCAACAUUUAUAAAUAAACGAAUUAAAAAAAUACUACCCACAGAGCUAUGCCAGGUGUUGAGCUAGUAGCAGCCCUCACGUUGAAGUUUAUAUAUGAUAUAUCAUGGGUAGGCAAACUACCCAUGGUCUGUUGUUGUUUAUAUAUGAUAUAUCAUGGGUAGGCAAACUACCCAUGGUCUGUUGUUGUUGUUGUUGUUGGUCUGUUGUUGUUGUUGUUGUUGUUGUUGUUUAGUCGUGUCCGACUCUUCAUGACCCCAUGGACCAGAGCACGCCAGGCACUCCUGUCUUCCACUGCCUCCCGCAGUUUGGUCAGACUCAUGUUUGUAGCUUCGAGAACACUGUCCAACCAUCUCGUCCUCUGUCAUCUCCUUCUCCUUGUGCCCUCCAUCUUUCCCAACAUCAGGGUCUUUUCCAGGGAGUCUUCUCUUCUCAUGAGGUGGCCAAAGUAUUGGAGCCUCAGCUUCAGGAUCUGUCCUCCCAGUGAGCACUCAGGGCUGAUUUCCUUCAGAUUGGAUAGGUUUGAUCUUCUUGCAGUCCACGGGACCCUCAAGAGCAGGGGUAAGCAACCUAAGGCCCGUGGGCUGGAUGCGGCCCAGUCGCCUUCUCAAUCCGGCCCGCGGACGGUCCAGGAAUCAGUGUGUUUUAACAUGAGUAGAAUGUGUGCUUUUAUUUAAAAUGCAUCUCUGGGUUAUUUGUGGGGCAUAGGAAUUCGUUCAUUCCCCCCCCAAAAAAAUAUAGUCUGGCCCACCACAUGGUCUGAGGGACGGUGGACAGGACCACGGCUGAAAAAGGUUGCUGAUCCCUGCUCAAGAGCGUAGCUGUCAACUUUUCCCUUUUCUUGCAAGGAAUCCUAUUCAGAAUAAGGGAAUUUCCCUUCAAAAAGGGGAAACGUUGACAGCUAUGCGCAAGAGUCUCCUCCAGCCCCAUAAUUCAAAAGCAUCAAUUCUUCAGCAAUCAGCCUUCGUUAUGGUCCAGCUCUCACUUCCAUACAUCACUACUGGGAAAACCAUAGCUUUAACUAUACGGACCUUUGUUGGCAAAGUGAUGUCUCUGCUUUUUAAGAUGCUGUCUAGGUUUGUCAUUGCUUUUCUCCCAAGAAACAGGCGUCUUUUAAUUUUGUGACUGCUGUCACCAUCUGCAGUGAUAGGAUGGUCUAUUGAGAUCUUAUUAACCAGGUUUAUACCCCGCCCCGCCCCCAAGGAGCAAAAGGAAACAUGGUGCUCACACACCUCCCUGUGUUUUCUUAUCCUCAGAACAAGAGGUAGGCUUGCCUGGGGGGGGAUCUGAGUCGCUUUGUCCUCCCAAUAGCCUUGCGGCGUAGGUUGGGCUGAGAGUUAAGGUGGCUCCUUGGGUGAGCUUCCUGGGGACUUUGAAGAACCCACCUUUGGAGGUGCAGAGAGAACAGAUCGAUCCAACAUCAUCCAGUGAGCUUUGUGGCUGAUGGGGGGGGGCGAUUUGAAAGCUGGGUCCUCCCCAGUUUGAGGUCAAGGGCCACUGCACGACAGUGACUCAGGAUUUCCCAAACUUGGGUCUCCAGCUGUUGCUGAACUACAACUCCCAUCCAUAGCUAUCAACCUUCCCUUUUUUUGCGGGAAAUGUCCUUAUUCCAGUGCCGUUUCCCACUGCUAUCCCGGAUUGUUAGAUAUCCCAUAGACUGUCCCCGGGACAGGUGAGGCUGCUGGUCCCUUAUUUUCGAGGCUGCUGAUCCCUUAAUUUCAAAUCUGAAAGUUGACAGCUAUGCUCCCAUCAUCCCAAGCUUAGCAGCACCAGGGAUCAGGGGUGCUAUUUUUUAAAAUAUUUGAUUGACUUAUUUUAAAUUUGCAUUUGUUUUUGUUUAAAAGCUACCCAAAGGACGUAGCUAUGGGAUGGUGCCUUACCAAUAUUUAUAAACAAAUUAAAAAGUACUACCCACAGAGCUAUGCCAGGUGUUGGGCUAGCAGCAGCCCUCAUGUUGAGGUUUAUAUAUGAUAUAUCAUGGGUAGGCAAACUAAGGCCCGGGGUCUGGAUCCGGCCCAAUCGCCUUCUCAAUCCGACCCGCAUGUUUUUAUAUGAGUAGAUUGUGUGCUUCUAUUUAAAAUGCAUCUCUGGGUUAUUUGUGGGGCAUAGGAAUUCAUUCUUUUUCCCCCUUCAAAAUAUAGUCCGGCCCCCCACAAGGUUUGAGGGACAGUGGACUGGCCUCCUGCUGAAAAUGUUUGCUGACUCCUGAAAUAUGAUAUAUUGUGUGUGUGUGUGUGUGUGUGUGUGUGUAUGGUAGAUACAUAUAUAGAUAGAUGAGAUAGAUAGCUGAUAUAUGUGUGUGUGUAUGCGCACCGUUUUGAGGACUAUUUUCGAUAAAACAGCAGGACAGGAAUAAAAUAGUACACCAAUGGAAUUACUCGUCACGAACCUAAUUACUCAUCACCACAGGUUUAUUGCCAUCAACAAAAACAUGCACACCAUACAGUUCAACAUAAUCUUAAGAACUGAGCAAAAUACUAAGUAUAACUGGAGGGCAAAGGGAUGGAAAUUUUUUUUAAGCAAUCUGGUAUUGGUAUUGUAGUCCAAAAACAAAACAGUGGAGACCCUAGUUCGGGGCACCCUGUUCUAUGCCAUGGAUUGGCAAGCUGGUGCUCUUUGGGUGCUUUUCAGUUCCCGUCACCCAUCUGUCUCAGCCAACGUGGCCAAGGGCAGGGAGGAUGUGAACUGUUGCUCAGCAACACCUGGAAGGCCACAGGUUCCCCUUUCGAAACAGGUGGGGGAUAGUCUUUCAUCAGAUCGCUUUAAAAAAACCCUCUAUCCCUUUUCCCUCCGGUUAUACUUUGCUUUGUAUUUUGCUCAAUACUUAAGAUUAUGUUGAAUUGUAUGGUGUGUGCUUUCGUUGAUGAUAAUAAAUUAGUGGUGAUGAGUAAUUAGGUUCAUGAUAGUAAUUCCAUUGGCGUACUGUUUUAUUUUUAUCCUGCUGUUUGAUCCAAAAUAGUCCUCAAAGUGGUUUAUUUUUUAUUUUAUUUUUAAACCCAAAGUUAGGGCUGCUGCUAGCCCAACACCUGACCUAGGUCUGUGGGUAGUAUUUAUUUUUAAUUUGUUUAUUUAAAAAUGUUGGUAUGGUGCCAUCCCAUGGCUAUGUUCUCAGGGUAGCUUUUAACAAAAAUAAAUGCAAAUCUAAAAAGCCUAAAAUAAGUUAAUCAAACGUUAUAAAAAGCAUAACAACAGUAGCCUUGAUAAAAAUGAAAUUUAACACUGAAACAGAUUUUAAAUGCCUGUGCCUGGUGCUGGAAUGAUGUCAAGGUGGGCACCAAGUGAACCUCUCGGAGGGGAGCAUUUCAUAGCUGGGAUGCCACUACUAAAAAGAUCCUUUCUUCUGUAUCCUUCUGUCACACCUCACCUGGUAGGGGCACCUUGCAGAAGACUUAAGAUCUGAACAGGUACAUAUGGAGCUAAUUGAUCAUUUAACUACCUUGAUUCUAAGCUGUGAAGUGCCAAAAGUGCCAAAAUUAGCACUUGGAGCUGGGCUCAGGAGCAUACUUUGCAUUGUUACUUACACUUCCUGCAAAGUAAGUCCCAAAGAAUUUGGCAACUACCAGUUGACAAAAGCAUGAGUCUCAUUGCUCUGUGUGGGCUUGCUUCCAAGUGCACAUGAUAAGGAUCAUCCUGUACACAUCCUUGGUGUCUUAGUUUAUUAUUGCUCGGACAGCCUUUUCUUAGCUUAUGUGAUGCUUUUGUCCUAGUGCCCUGUAUCAUGCGAUCAGAUCCUAAAGCUAGUAUAUUUGGGUAAGCCUGCUUCAGGAAUGCAAGCACAUUGCCUGGAUCACAGGGCAGGAAAAGGCUGUUAAACAGAGAAGUCUUUAGCAAGGACCUAAAACAACAGUUCUCAAACUUUUUUCUCUGGGACACACUUUCAGAAUAUGGUGGUACCUCGAGUUAAGUACUUAAUUCGUUCUGGAGGUCUGUUCUUAACCUGAAACUGUUCUUAACCUGAAGCACCACUUUAGAUAAUGGGGCCUCCUGCUGCUGCUGCCCCGCCGGAGCACGAUUUCUGUUCUCAUCCUGAAGCAAAGUUCUUAACCCGAGGUACUAUUUCUGGGUUAGCGGAGUCUGUAGCCUGAAGCGUAUGUAACCCAAGGUACCACUGUAAAAAUUUGCUCAUGCCACACCAAAAAUUUUAUUGAUAAAAAAUAUGCUGCAUAACAAAAGGAAAUAAUUCCUAGUAGUGCUUGAUUUAUAUAUAACGUGGAACACAGCUACGUACUUUAUAAUAUGUUAGAGACCAGACUGAGGGUUACAGCUCUGAUGAGGAACGGUGGGAAACCCCCCCACACACACACACUUCCUGCUCCUGACCAGGAUCCUGAAGCUGCCUAGGAACAGUGGAGUAGCAUAGAUUUAGAGAAUUGGUUUGCAGAGGGGCAUAGUUCAAAAACAACAGCUGGGCAGAGCUGAGCGGGGAACAACUAGGAGAAGCAGAACAGGAAGAGAUUGAGAGAACUGACUCCCCUUUGCUAGAAAGCAUCCAGCCUUUAUCUCCAAGGGCAAGGAGAAGGCUCAGUGGCUGCAAGAUCAGGUUGUAAGAAGGGGGAAGUGACGCAGAUGACUCAGGGGGAAGUAAGAGGGAAGCUUAAUUGGGAGCACCUUCAUUCCAAGAAGGGUUGCUUUGUUCUUUUGCUCUGAUCAUUAAGCACUCUUAAACUGGUAAACUUAAAUUGCUUUGUUCUGCUGAUGCACAGCCAAAGGGUGGGAGGAAGCCUGACAUGAUCAUGAAACAUCCAGAAAGUAUAAAACGUGUUGGAAGUGUAAAGAAGCAGAGGGAAACUUUUUUCACAUGUGGUGGACAUGUAAAAAGGUAAAAGUAUAUUAGGAAAUGAUUUAUAAUGAAUUGAAAAAAAUAUUUAAAACUACUUUCCCCCAAAAAACCCAGAGUCUUUUCUGUUGGAAAUAACCCAGACAGAAUGAAUGAAUGAAUGAAUCUUUAUUUGCAUCAGCUAUCGGCCAUAGCAAUAAAACAACAGUAUGAUAUACAAAGGAUAGAAACAAAGUCAAUUACAGUGGUACCUCGGGUUAAGUACUUAAUUCAUUCCAGAGGUCCAUUCUUAACCUGAAACUGUUCUUUACCUGAAGCACCACUUUAGCUAAUGGGGCCUGCCGCGCUGCCGGAGCACGAUUUCUGUUCUCAUCCUGAAGCAAAGUUCUUAACCCGAGGUACUAUUUCUGGGUUUGCGGAGUCUGUAACCUGAAGCAUAUGUAACCCGAGGUACCACUGUAUAUAAAAUACAUUUUAGGGUUUUUAAUCAAUAGUCAAAUAGUGGAUCUUAUUCUGAUUGCCCCAGCUAAAAACCUUGUAACCUUUGCUGUCACCUGCUCAUCUUGAACCCAGACAGAAUUUCCUAGGUGUCACAAAAGAUUGUUUAUGCAACAACUGCGACCCGUGUUGUGUUAGCUCCAAAAUGGAAAGUGAGCGAGGUCCCAACUAAAGAGGAUUGGCAACUUAAGUUGACAGAAUAUGCAGAACUUGCAGAUUUAACACAUAGGAUAAGAGAGCAAGAAGAACAUAUAUUUAAAGAAGUGUGGAAAACAUUUCUUGAAUAUAUGGAAAAUAACUGUAUACAGCUGAAAAUGCUGGCAGCACUAAGAUAACUUCGAGAGUAAAUAAUUUUUGACAAAUGUAAAAGUGGAAAACUGAUUUGAAUAGUUAUAGUAAAAUGUGCAGGAAUGUAUGAUACGUAAAAUGAACUAUGGAAGGAGAAGAAGGGAAGUCAUUGGAUAUCCAAAAUACAGCUUUCAAUUAGUCUUCUCCAGCACUGUUCAAAUGGUAAUUCUGGAUCACAACUAGGGUUGUCCUCCAUAUCGCUUGAUGCUCUUGCUCUCAUUUUGAAAAGAUAUCCAUAUUCUGGAAUUUAUAUAUACAGUCGUACCUUGGAACUUGAACAGAAUCCAACAGGAAAUAGCGACAAUGGAAGAAUGGAGAAGGGAGCUGUUAGACUAUGCUGAGUUGGAUAAAUUGACUGGGAAGAUUAGAUACUUAAGAGACCAAAUGUUCACCGAGGACUGGGGAAAAUUUGUGGAAUAUCUGGAAAGUAUGACUGAGGGACAAAUAACGCUAGAGGGAUUUAAAGAAGCACUGUGAAAUGUGAGAAGUAUUGUUAAAAGGGAAUAGAAAAAGAAAGGUUCAAAUAAUGACAAUACAAACCUAAGAAAUGCGUAAAUUAAUAAUGACUACCAAUGAUUUAUGGAAAAGCUGAAGGAAGUCCAGAAAAGAAAUACUUUGUGGAAAAUUGGAUGUGAAAUUAUUGUGUGUUUUUGUUGUAAGUUAAUAAAAAUUAUUUAUAAAAAAAAAAAGGAAGUUGAACAGAAUCUGUUCCAGAUGUCCAUUCUACUUCCAAAAUGUUCAGAAACCAAAGCAUGGCUUCUGAUUGGCUGCAGGAAGCCGCGGAAGCCCCGUGGGAUGUUCAGCUUCCAAAAAUAGUUUGCAAACCAGAACACUCACUUCCAGGUUUGCGGCGUUUGGGAGCCAAAACGUUCAAGAACUAAGCUGUUCAAAAACCAAGGUAAAACUGUACUACACUACGCUGAUUUAAACACAUUAUGUCCUUGAAUCUCCCCGCCACACUUGCCAUCCUCUUCUGGCACACCCUUCGAGAACCACUGACCUGAUAUUAGGCACUUACCUAAUAUUCACAGGCAGAAAAUCCCACACAGUAAGUAAAAAUUUCUAAAGGCUUUGCUUCAGGUGGUCAUGAUGGGGCAGACUUCAGAGUGCCUGCCUUAAGGCUGCAGUGACCAGUCUUUGUUGAGAGAUGUGAGCAAUAUAGGCCUUCAAAAUGCUAUUUGAUCUGGUCAGGAGGGGCUGGCACAAUGCAGUGACUCAGGUUGUCCUGAGACAAGGAACGGUUAAUCAAGCUCUCAGAUUAGGCCAGGGGGGGCUCUUGCAUUUUAAACAUACUGUGCUGAUAAGGAUCCCCCACCCAAAAAAACCUCCAGUAAAGUUUCUAGGGUUUGCAAAAGGAGUGUGCUGACAGUAUAGCCAAAAUGGGAAGCUAUUUGUCUUAGUGGCAGAACUUGCAGCCCAGCUGAAUUCUCUAAUAGUGUCUUCUUGAGGAUAGUUUGAUCCACGAUUUCCGCAACCUCCUCUGUUUUUCAACCAGCUUAAAGCAAGGAUGCAUCAAGUUUUGAAAGGUGGCCUCUUUGUAGCAUUGGAAGUGGUUUAAAUGGAAAGAUGAGGCAAAGGUAUACCAUAGGACUGGUAUAAAUCGAAAGCUGGUAAGAUCUGAGCUUCUCCCACAUCCACAUACUAGUUCCUGCUUCCAUGGAUCAAAACAUACAGUGCGUGUUGCUGAAACACUACUGUCGAAAGGCAGGUACUCUAGCUGUGAAAAUACACCGGCAAAGCAGGCAGUUUGAGAUGUUUGAAGCAAAUGAGUUGAGCCACAUGGUACGGAAGAAGACAAGAAUGUGGCUUGGUUCCACCCAUUUUGGGUCAUCUGGAUCAGUUUGCUAUUUCCUGACUGGAUCAUUGACUUGCCCUUUCCUCUACCAAGCCUCUGGCACACUAAUCUGAAUAGCAUGACCUGUCAGAGUUUGGAGGAAAGUGGAGCAAAAAUAUAUUUUAAUAGCUUUGAGCUGGGGGAGGAGCUGUCAGUUGUUCCUAUAUGGUGUUCUGUCAGAUCAUUUCAAUCUGUGCUUAAAUUUACUCACUUCUUUUCACAGAAUCCGGCUUUCCAACCCAUCGUUGCUGGCGAUCUCUGGCAUGAAGGCAUUGAUCUGGGUCUGAAAAACAUCGGUCUGGUUUCGUUCUAG